ACAUAACGUUUGCGGAUGUGUCCUGCAGGUGUGAGCCAGCGGACGCUUCUGCCAAGCGUCUGCACACGCUUCUGUGUGCUUAGAGUGACUUGGCACCCCCGCGUGUGUCCUGUGGGAGGGAACGGAACCCCACAAGGGCUGGGACAAGCGGGAACGUGCGAGUGUGCGUCCUGCGGCUCCCUGCUCAGCCUCCCGGCGGUCCUGCCCGUGUGCGCGAGUGGAAGGCGCCCGGGGCCCGCGGGUGUGCGCGCGCCGGUGCCAGUGCGAGUGAGUGCGGCGCCGUUCGCUCGCUCCGCUCCGCGCCCGCCCGCGCAGCCCGCACACUCACACUGCUUGGUUGCUGCCGGGUGACGCGGGCUGGGCCCGCCCCCCGCCUGCCGGCCCCUGGCACUCACUCGCCGGCCGCCGCCGAGCAGGCAGCAGCCGCGUCAGGGCCGUCCGGGGGGCGCCGCCGGCGAUGCCCGCAGCCCUCGCCGCGCCCCGCCGGGCCUGCUGAGCCGCCCCCCACCCCCCGGGCCGGGGCCGCGCCGGGCCGGGCCGGGCCGCGCCCGGGCGGGGCCGCGCUGCCUGCAUGACCCUCCGGCGGCGCGGGGAGAAGGCGACCAUCAGCAUCCAGGAGCAUAUGGCCAUCGACGUGUGCCCCGGCCCCAUCCGGCCCAUCAAGCAGAUCUCCGACUACUUCCCCCGCUUCCCGCGGGGCCUGCCCCCGGACGCCGGGCCCCGCGCCGCUGCGCCCCCGGACGCCCCCGCGCGCCCCGCCGCGGCCAGCGCGGGCCGCCGCAGCCCCUCCGACGGCGCCCGCGACGACGACGAGGAUGUCGACCAGCUCUUCGGAGCCUACGGCGCCAGCCCGGGCCCUAGCCCCGGCCCCAGCCCGGCUCGGCCACCCGCCAAGCCGCCCGAGGACGAGCCGGACGCCGACGGCUACGAAUCCGACGACUGCACUGCCCUGGGCACGCUGGACUUCAGCCUGCUCUACGACCAGGAGAACAACGCCCUGCACUGCACCAUCAGCAAGGCCAAGGUGCCAAAGUUGAUGUUCUCCCGCAAGGGCCUGAAGCCGAUGGACCACAACGGGCUGGCGGACCCCUACGUCAAGCUGCAUCUGCUGCCAGGAGCCAGUAAGGCAAAUAAACUUCGAACGAAAACUCUCCGAAACACUCUGAACCCCACAUGGAAUGAGACCCUCACUUACUACGGGAUCACAGACGAAGACAUGAUCCGGAAGACCCUGCGGAUCUCCGUGUGUGAUGAGGACAAAUUCCGCCACAAUGAGUUCAUCGGGGAGACGCGUGUGCCCCUGAAGAAGCUGAAGCCCAAUCACACUAAGACAUUCAGCAUCUGCCUGGAGAAGCAGCUGCCGGUGGACAAGACAGAAGACAAGUCCCUGGAGGAGCGGGGCCGCAUCCUGAUCUCCCUCAAGUACAGCUCGCAGAAGCAGGGCCUGCUGGUCGGCAUCGUGCGCUGUGCACACCUGGCCGCCAUGGACGCCAACGGCUACUCGGACCCCUACGUGAAGACAUACCUGAAGCCAGAUGUGGACAAGAAAUCCAAACACAAGACGGCAGUAAAGAAGAAGACCCUGAACCCCGAGUUCAACGAGGAAUUCUGUUACGAGAUUAAGCAUGGGGACCUGGCGAAGAAGACCCUGGAAGUCACUGUUUGGGAUUAUGACAUUGGAAAAUCCAACGAUUUCAUUGGAGGCGUGGUUCUGGGCAUCAAUGCUAAGGGCGAGCGCCUGAAGCACUGGUUCGACUGCCUGAAGAACAAGGACAAGCGGAUCGAGCGCUGGCACACGCUCACCAAUGAACUCCCAGGGGCUGUGCUCAGCGACUGACCAGCCCCCACCUGCUGCCGCACCCGCCCCUGCCUGUCACCUGGCCCAGCACCAGCCUGGCCCUGGGCUUCCUCAGCUGCCACCAAGGGCCUUGGCCCUCAUCUUGGGGGAGAUCCAGGAUGCUGCUCAGACACAGAGCCACUGCAGCCCCCGCUUGGAGGCUGUGGAGGACCUAGCCACUCCAAGGGAGAGCAAGGCCAGAAAGCUGGGCCUGCUUCCAGCCCCCUGGGGCCCAAGAAAGCAGGAGAUGGGAGAGGACCUUGGCCUCAGCACCCACCCCAGGGAAGGGAAGGGGGCCACCCAGGGGCUGAGGACCCUAUUUGAGGUCAGUAGUAAGUCACGGGGACCCCAGGUGGAGAGAACAGGAGUGCAGGGGCGCCUUGGCCUUGGUGGGGCCAGGGAGAACUCCUGAGGGACAUUAGGGAGAAAGGGGCAUGAGGGGAAGAGUUGGAGAAGUUUAUUCCCAAAAGGAAGCUCUUACUGCAACCAUUCAUCUCUGGCAUUACUGGGCAGAUGGAGAAAAGUUGACCUGAGAGCAAGAAUGGUCAAGUCCCUACAAGCUCACUGAACAUGGGCAAUUGGCAAGCACUUCAAUGAUUCCACGAGCUGCUGGAGAAGAAUGAGAACCAGGGCCUACCCUCAGAGUUCCUGGUCUAAUCAGGGAGCUAGAAACCAUUACAACAGGGAGUGAGGAGUGCCAAGGCCAGGUUGACAUAACUGGUGAGUGCCAUGGAUUCUGACUCUGCUGGGAGGUUGGGAGGGCUUCCUGGAGGAGGUGAUGCCUCAGCAAGGCCUUGAAGGAUGAAUGGGUUUCUAGGCAGAUAGAGGAAAGGCAGUGGGUGCAGUGGAAAUGAUCUACAAAGGCCUGGAGGGGAGAGUAUGGUGAUUGGGUCAAGGAUCACUGUGCAAGACGUGGGGUCUCACUCUGGAGACAGGGUUAGGACAGGCAUGGGGGUAGGGGUGAUGUCACCCAGCCCUGCUCUCACCCCAUCCCUUCCUGCCAGGCUUACCCCAGUUCAUAGGGGGGAAGUGAUGGGUCAGGGUCAAGUUCAGUCCUCAGACCCAGUUCUCCUACCUUUAAUCUUUCUCCUAAGAACCUGGAGGAUGGAUCCAGCCUCUCAUUAUUACCAGCUUAAGCAUGAGGCCAGCUCUAGUCCAGAAGAGUCCCUCUUCCCUUCUUCACGAAGCAAAAAGUCCCCAUCCUCACCCUCUUCCUUCACCCACCCCCCACUUCUGAGUUCAGGGCUAGGGAGUGAGAGGCCCAGAUGAAUGUCCUACAUCUUGGCCCUACUGUGGCCACUGAUGUUCCUUUCAGAGUGCUGGGUGGCAGUCCAGGGCCUCAUUUCUGGGAAGACCUGUGAGGCUGGCUCCUCUCCCUCCAAGGGCUGAGACACCCUGCUUGGUGGGCCUUGUACGCUGAGUCAGGUUGAGGGCACUGGAAUCUUGGGGCCCAGGUAUGAAGCCCCAAACUUUUCCUGCCUACCCAGGGGCCUUCAAGGUUGCUGUAUGAACUAAUGCAAAACCAAGGAAUUUGUGUUUGUCCCAUCACUGCGCUGAUGGAGGAAACAGAGGCCCAGAGAGGGAAAGUGACCUGCCUGAGGCCUUCCUGCCCUACCACAGCUAGCAAAGGCCGGGCUUCAUGGCCCCUGCCUCACCCCCAGCCCAGAGCUAUGGACACAAUGGAAGUAGGGUGCUUGACUCCUACACAAGAGGUCCAUCCUGUAAGCUGCCUGCCUAGGGCUCACUCUUGCCUGCUGCAGACACAAAGCACAUCACCAUCUGAGGCCUGAGGUGAUGAUUCGAAUUCCACCAAGUGCCCAUCAGCCCUUUCCCACUUUGCAGGUUGAACAGGAUUCCAGCCCCCAAACAGUAGCUGGAAAACUUUUGCUGGUCACGGAGCCUUGGUUUUCCUGUCUUUAAGGUAGCUUUGUGUAUGUUAAGGGUUUUACGUGCACUGUCGUAAUGAAUCCUCACACUUC